AUGUUUUAUACGAUGAAAAUUCAACCGAUCGAUUUUCAUUUAGAUGAGGAGAUUACUCGAGAUGAACCGGCUAAGCCGGUAGUCAAGUCGCGUCUGAAGCGGCUCAUCGAGCGUCAAUUCUCCGGCGUGCUGAGAAUUUCUGCGGCGGAAAAAAUCGGAAGUGAUCUGGAACCGCAUUCAUGCAAGGAAGGCUUUAACGGCGGCGGCGAUAGCGAACCGAGCUCAAUAUGUUUAGCAAAAAUGGUGACGAAUUACAUCGAGGAGAAUAACGAGAAACUAUCAGUUUCUGUGAAGUGUGGAAGAAACCGCUGUAACUGCUUCCACAGAAACUGUGAAGAUAACUCCGACGAUGAAUCGGACGCGCGUGGCGGUUUCAGCGCUUCCAACUAUUCAUCUUCUGAUGCAUCUGAAAUCCUCAAGGGUUUGGUAGCUUGUAGAAGCGUUGGUGAGAGAAAUCUUCUAGCAGACACUGCGAAGAUCGUUGAUAAGAACAAUAAGUGCAAACGCAAAGAUAGCUUUUGCAGAAAGAUUGUUACCGACGGUUUGUUAGCUCUUGGCUACGAUGCAUCCGUCUGUAAAUCUCGUUGGGAAAAAUCAUCUUCAUAUCCCGCCGGGGAAUAUGAAUAUAUAGAUGUGAUGAUGGAGAAUGAACGGUUAAUAAUUGAUAUUGAUUUCAAAUCAGAAUUCGAGAUUGCUAGAUCUACGAAAUCCUACAAAACGAUUCUCCAGAAUCUUCCAUACAUAUUCGUUGGAAAGUGUGAUCGUUUGCAGAGCAUUGUGGCGAUUGUAUCGGAGGCGGCAAAGCAGAGUUUGAAGAAGAAGGGAAUGCAUGUUCCGCCGUGGAGGAGAGUUGAAUACGUCAGAGCAAAGUGGCUUUCGGCUUACACUCGAACUAGUGUGCAUGUGCAAAAACAAAAGAGUUUGAAGGAAAACGGUGUCACUGAGAGUUCCGGUGGAUGGAAGCCGCCGGAGUUGAAGCCGAAGGGGUCAUUGACCGGGGUUAAAGUGGUGACUGGUUUGGCCGUGGUUUUUAAGGAUGAUAAACCAUAG